AUGGAUAUAUAUCGGCCCGAUUGUCAUAAUAUUCACACUACGUACCGCACUAGUAAUCCUGAGUGGGACGCACAUAGAUUUCAGCUUUUACGCGGCCAUACCGGUCCCAAAAUUGACGAAGCUACCGCUCUUCCGAGAUCAAGCAUUCCAUCUCGCAAAAAGAGGCGCCGCGCAGAUGAGCAUCCGCCGCCACCGGCCGCCAGUUCCUACAAUCCGAGCGCAAAUACUGAGGAGCUCUCUUCUGUUGCUUUGGAUGAAGAUGACAGUCUGAUGGAAUCAGCGCAGAUUCUUGGACCCGCAGGAGCACAUGAUGCCUACUUUCUUGAGCGCGCCUUAAACUUCUCCGGGGAUCAGAUGUCGAAGGUCUCGACUCCCUUUAGGGUAUAUUCAAGUGAUCCACGCAAUCCUGUGGUUCACUCACCGAUGGCGAGGCAUCACGAUAUUUAUCAAGUUGCGGCUGAUACCAGUAGAGACCCGGCAAACAUCAGUGAGAAGCUUGUCGGCCAUUGCUCUACCGAGCUUUUGCAGUUGUAUGUAGGCGAUUUUUUCAAUCUUAAAUGUGACAAGUUUCAGGUCUAA